AUUAAAUAUAAAAGUAGUUGUUUUUGUAUUUAUUCGGGUAGAAUAAGAAAUGCAGGUGUUGGUGAUUAUUCUAACGUUAGGGCUGGUGAUGUCUAUUUUGUCGCUUCCAUUAGAUAAGAUUGGGACAAAAAUAGCGAUUUUAGUUUUUAAACAGUAUUUGAAGAACAAAUUCAAUGGCCAAGACAGUGGUGUGGGCAACCUGUUGUCGCUCCGCGGCGCGCUGCCACCAGAUGUCAAUGUCGAGGAGCACAGCGGCUACUUCCAGGGCGACAUAGUACUGGACGACGCUUACACAGAUAAAUUGGUCAACUCGAUGCUACGUAACGCUUACAUCGGCUACGACUCACGGUGGCCGAACAAUACCGUGCCUUAUGAGUUCAAUGAUAAAGAUUUUGACGAAGAGCAACGAGAUGCGAUCCGAGAUGGUAUGAAGCUUAUUGCCAAUAAUACUUGUGUCAAGUUUCGACCACGAAUGCCCAAAGAUAAAGUUUACGUCAACAUUACGGCAAAUGCAACUGGUUGCUACGCCCACGUCGGUUUCUUCCCAGGGCUAAUUAAAGGGUGGCGCGUCCUGAACUACGCCCCGUAUCCUCCGGGGGAGGGGUGUUUAACAAUCGGCACAAUUGUGCAUGAGCUGAUGCAUAUCCUCGGCUUCCAACACAUGCAUUCCACAUACGACCGGGACAACUACGUUCGCAUUAUAGAAGAAAAUAUCAUCCCUGGGACGGAAUCGUUCUUCGCAAUCCUCGAUUCCGAUCGGGUGAGCAACUUGGGGGUGGAAUACGAGAUCCAGAGCGUCCUCCAUUACAGUCCUCUGGCGUUCUCGCGCAACGGAAACUAUACUAUCGAAGCUUUGGAGCCCUACGAGGGUUUAAUGGGCCAGCGCGAAUACGUCACUGACAGUGAUUGGCUCAGGAUCAACAGGCACUACGACUGUCCCGGCGCUUGGGAUGAAACUGUGGAUGAAACUUAUGAAAAGUCCUGUGGGUGCUAA